UAAUCAGAAACAAGGGUUUAAGGCUGGCACAGCGUCUUCAAGCGAUGGCCACAACAAUCUUUGUGCUCCUCUCCUUCUCAGGCAGACCCACUUGCUUGAAACGACAAAAUUCGCCACCAUAAACCCUAUUUUAUCUUCGCGCCUGCAGCGAAGAGUCACUCUCUCUUCAAGCUGGGUAGAUUAACUUCUCUUUUGGCCAUGGGGGUCUCUCUUACCUCCCACAAUAACCCUCUUCUUCGCCAUUUAUCUCUUCCCUCUUCCUGGGUCUCGCGUUCUUCUUCUCCAUAUUCCUCUUCCUUCCUCGUCCCUUCCCGUAGAACCCUUCAAAGGAAAGUAGCUUCCGCAGAGGGAAAUGUCAGUUAUUCGACCACCACAGUGUGUCAUGGAUUCCAGCAUCCGGGUCAUCAACGGUCGUCUUCUGCUGUGUUCAACGGAGAGUGGAUACUUCAGUCGGAGCCUAAUAGGGCAAGGAUGGUUCCGAAGACAAACAAAGUGGGGAAUCAGGCGGAAGUCGGUGAAACUGUGAACCAUCAAGUUCCUGGAACUGUAAGUGCUUGGAGAGAGGAAGCUAAUAAGUUUAGAGAAAGAAAUGGACAAAUUGCUAGAAACCUCGAUGAGGGUUCUUAUUUCAGUGGCCCUCCUGUCCCAAUUGUGCGGCCUAAUGCUCCUUCAUAUGGAACCUCUCAGAAGAUUGAUUAUGGAUUCAAGCCCAGAGGUAACAGUUCUGCUGCUGCUACAUUGAGUAAAGAAUCAGUUGGCGUUACACAAUCUGUACCUGUUGUGACAUUGCCAAGAAAGGAUUUGGAGGUUGGGAAAAAUUUGGAUGUGGAUCUUAAAGAAGAUGGCAAACAGAGACCUCUUGUAACCGGAAAGUCUUCUGAUAACGCAAGCAAUGAGAAUCCAGUUUCCGUUUCGAAAGUGGUGAAAAGCACCGAACCUUCGAAAGUCCGUGCUAACCUCAGGAAAAUUUAUGACAAGGUUGUUGUUGUUGAUACUGUUCCUGCUGCAAAGAAUGCUGUUGCUAAGCUUGUGAAUCAAUAUAGGAAUCUUGUGCAUUCUUGUGAUACAGAGGUAUCUGGGAUUGAGGUGAAGGAUGAAACACCUGUGGACCAUGGUGAGUUGAUUUGUUUCAGUAUCUAUUGCGGGUCAGAAGCAGAUUUCGGGAAUGGGAAGUCAUGUCUCUGGGUAGAUGUUCUUGGUGAAAAUGGCAGGGAAGUGUUGGCCGAGUUUAAACCCUAUUUUGAAGACUCAUCCAUCAGAAAAGUCUGGCACAACUACAGUUUUGAUAGCCACAUCAUUAGAAACCAUGGAAUUGAGAUUUCUGGAUUCCAUGCAGACACGAUGCACAUGGCACGAUUGUGGGAUUCCGCGAGACGAACAGAGGGUGGUUAUUCCCUUGAAGCGCUUACAAGUGACCCAAAAGUUCUUGGGGCCACACAGACAAAAGAGGAAGCAGAGUUCCUUGGCAAAAUUUCGAUGAAGACUAUUUUUGGCAAGAGAAAGCUUAAAAAGGAUGGGUCAGAAGGGAAAAUUGUCGUCAUUCCCCCUGUUGAGGAGCUUCAGCGAGAAGAUCGAGAGGCUUGGAUCUCAUACUCUGCCUUGGAUGCGAUAAGUACGCUGAAGCUUUACGAGAGCAUGUCAAAGAAACUUCAACUAAAGGAAUGGCGUCUUGACGGAAAGCUACUCUCAGGAAGGACAAUGCUGGACUUUUACCAUGAGUUCUGGCGACCCUUUGGUGAGCUUCUUGUGACAAUGGAAGCGGAAGGGAUACUUGUAGAUAGGGAAUAUCUUGCUGAGAUAGAGAAAGUAGCCAAAGCAGAACAGCAAGUUGCUGUUGGUAGGUUUCGAAGUUGGGCCUCUAAGUACUGCCCCGAUGCAAAGUAUAUGAAUGUUGGCAGUGACACACAAUUGCGUCAGCUCUUUUUUGGUGGCAUUUCUAACAGUGAGAAUCAUGAGGUGCUUCCAGUUGAAAAACUUUUCAAGAUUCCCAAUGUUGACAAGGUCAUCGAAGAAGGCAAAAAAGCACCGACGAAGUUCCGAAACAUCAAACUGCAUAGGAUCAGCGACACCCCAAUGUCAACUGAAACGUUCACUGCCAGUGGUUGGCCCUCUGUUAGUGGGGACACUUUGAAAACCUUAGCUGGGAAAGUUUCUGCUGAAUACGACUUUAUGGAGGAUGUUACAGAUACUACUGCAGAAGAAAUUUCCGAAGAUGAUGAAGCGGCUGCACUAGAUCAAGCUUCAAAAGCGCGAAAGUCCAAGAAAGAUGUUGCAACAGACACGUCUGCUUAUGGAACAGCAUAUGCUGCAUUUGGAGGGGGUGAAAGGGGAAAGGAGGCAUGUCAUGCUAUUGCCUCAUUAUGUGAAGUUUGCUCUAUAGAUUCUUUGAUCUCAAAUUUUAUUCUUCCAUUACAGGGGAGUAAUGUAUCAGGGAAAGAUGGUCGCGUCCAUUGCUCCCUGAAUAUUAAUACAGAAACUGGGAGGUUGUCAGCGAGAAGGCCAAAUUUACAGAACCAACCUGCUCUGGAGAAGGACCGGUACAAGAUUCGUAAGGCCUUUGUAGCAUCUCCUGGAAAUUCACUCAUUGUGGCUGAUUAUGGGCAGCUGGAACUUAGAAUUCUGGCACAUCUUGCUGGUUGUAAAAGCAUGAUGGAAGCUUUCAAAGCAGGCGGAGAUUUCCACUCGAGGACAGCCAUGAAUAUGUAUCCACAUAUUCGUAAAGCUGUAGAAAAUGGGGAAGUGCUCCUUGAGUGGCAUCCACAACCUGGGCAAGACAAGCCACCAGUGCCGUUGUUAAAGGACGCCUUUGCUUCUGAGAGAAGAAAGGCUAAGAUGCUCAACUUUUCAAUUGCAUAUGGGAAAACAGCGAUCGGGCUUUCUAGAGAUUGGAAGGUCUCAAGGGAAGAAGCUCAGGACACGGUCAAUCUCUGGUACAAUGACAGACAAGAAGUAAGAAAAUGGCAAGAACUGCGUAAGAAAGAAGCAAUGAAAGAUGGUUAUGUACUCACUCUGUUAGGAAGGGCUCGUAGAUUCCCGGCAUAUCAGUCAAAUGCUCAGAAGAACCAUAUCAAAAGAGCAGCCAUCAACACUCCAGUGCAGGGAAGUGCAGCAGAUGUUGCAAUGUGUGCAAUGUUGGAGAUAUCGACAAAUCAAAGGUUGAAGGAACUUGGUUGGAAAUUGCUUCUGCAGAUUCACGAUGAAGUAAUCUUGGAAGGACCAAAGGAGUCAGAGGAAGUUGCCAAGGAUAUAGUUGUGGACUGCAUGGCGAAACCCUUCAACGGAAAGAACAUUCUCUCGGUCGAUCUAUCGGUUGAUGCAAAAUGUGCUCAGAACUGGUAUGCUGCUAAAUAAGCUCCUUUAUUAAAGGGGCUUUAACAAGAAACACUUGGAGGAAGAAUAUAUAUUUUUUUGGCUUGUCGGCUUUCUUUUUUUGGUUUGUAAAUGUUAGAAAAGCCUUUAUACGGAGUUGUUGGCAAUGUAAAUCGAUCUCUCUACUCUAAUCCCUUAACCUUGACGAUGCUUGUAUGCAAAACCUUAAUGAAACCGUUUGUGAAGCUCCUUCCUCUUAGUCGAUGAUAUACCACUGUGUUCAAUCCGGUUUAGUUUUAUUAGGCC